CCAGGUGGGGAUGUUAAAAUAUAUAUAGAUGUGGAAAAUAAAAAGACGUAUGCAUAUAAUCUCAGUGUAUUUCUUGUUCAAGUUCUUAACAAGUGCGUUUGGGAAAUAAUCCAUUUUUCUCAUCAUGAAGAGUAUUUUCAUAGCAAUAUUUCUUUGCGCAAUAUCACUAUGCAGUGCUAUAGAAACUCCAGAAUUGUCAAAACUAGCUGCCGACACCAGUAAACCCUCUGAAGCAACAAAAGAUCUUGAGACAUCUGCCAGUGACAGAUUUUUCUUGGGUGCGAAAGACUAUACCUACGGAAGUGGUUACAAUUACGGAAAUUAUUUAGGAUCAUCACCAUAUUACAGCAACAAUAAUGGUUAUUAUCCAUCAUCAAAUUCUGUUUAUCGUGGUUAUCAAUCUGGUUUAAGUGGAAUACUUGGACCCAGAUAUAACGGAUAUGGAGCUGGAUAUGGUUCUGGGUACGGUCUCGGAGGGUUGGGAUCUUAUGGAUACGGAAGCACAUAUGGAAACGGCGUUGGCAGUUAUGGUUAUGGUGUAGGUGGGAUUGGAUACGACGAUAGCCUCUACGGACGCGGCUACAAUCGUUGGAAUUCUCUUGACGGUAAUUACGGUAGCUAUUACAGUGCUGGCUACGUUAAUCGCCCGGGUUUGCAUGAUUACUCAGGACUUGGAUACGGCUCAGGAUACGGCUCAGGAUACGGCAAUUAUCCUUACCGUGGCAUCGGUUCUUAUUCUUACAAUGGUUACCCUUCAGGCUACCGAGGAUACUCCUAAUUUUAUUUUAAUUUCAAUCCAUUUAUACUCAUUUUAAAUUUUUACUCUGAUGUAUAAUUGAACAAAACAUACAAAUUUAUAUACUUUUUACAAAUAUAUUAUUAUUAUUAUUA